AUCUUGCAAAGCAUAAAGUCCUGUUGGCAAUUAAAAAGUGAGUGUUGAAUACUUCAACUUGUUUGCGUUUUCCUAAACGAUGGCGGAUCAUACUCGUUCUAGUGAGCAGCAGGAAGCUGAUGCUGCAGCUUCCAAAGGCUGUGGGAUGUUUGACUUUCUCAAGAAAAAACCCGAAGAUGCACAUCCUUCCGAGUGUGUCGGUGUGACCAAGGAAAACAAUGAAGAGGAGAGGCCUUCUCUCGCUGAAAGACUCCACCUUUCCGACAGCUCUUCAAGUGAUGAGGAAGCUGGUGUAAAUGGGGAGAAGAAGAAGAAGAAGGAAGAUGCUGCAGAUCAAUGUGAAACAGAGGAGAAGAAAGGCAUCAUGGAGAAGAUCAAGGAGAAACUUCCUGCAGGUAUAGGUCAUCAUGACCAAGCCAAGCCUGAACAUGAGGACGGGAAGGAGAAAGGGUUCAUGGAGAAGGUAAAAGAUAAGCUUCCCGGAGGUCACCAUGGGAAGCCCGAACUUGAACCUCAUCAUGAAAACGCCAAGGAGAAAGGGUUGAUGGACAAGAUCAAAGAGAAGCUUCCUGGUCAUACCGAUGAGGAUGAGAAAAAGAAGGAAACCUAGUUAUGAUACCCUUUAUUAGUCUCGCUUUCACGUACUUGCUUUAUCAUCUUCUUGUAUUGUCCACCUUGUCAUGUUAGUGCAAUGCCAAACUUUCUAUUUGAAAACUCUUAAA